UCCAGCCAGUCACACUCAGUCGGACAGCCGCGCGCUCACACAUUCAGAUAGGCUAGUUGUUGGAGCAGAGCGAGAGCGCCAUCAGUUCAUUACACCUACACAGCUCCAGCUGGGGGGAAUAUUCACCUGUGCGCUGCCAGGACCAAGUCCACGAGGAUUUUCCCCAUUUAUUUAACAGACUACUGUCUUAAAGGUGCAGUGAGGGACACUUACAGGAAUCUUUAUCGGACCCCCUGCUCUGUCCGGACGCCGAACAAGUUUUUAAAUUUGCCUUGAGUGAGUGGUAGGCUAUAGUACGCCGAAACUGACCGAAGGUUUCAUUUAUACGUGCGCUUCGGAGACAGCGGAGAGGAUCCUUACCAACCAUGGCGAGACAUGACGCCCGAAAUUGGCAUGACUACUCAAAAAUGACCGGAUUGCUCUGCUUGGUGGCGUCGAUACUUCUACAACACGGAGUGUCAGGUCAGCGGGUGAAGGUGGAGCCGGAGGUGUUGUCAUAUCCUGGCCAGACUGUCAACCUGCGUUGUGCCUUCGCUGAUGCUGCCGGGAUUCAGCUCACAAUGGUCACAUGGAUCUAUGAGCCCAAGGAAGGAGAGAGGAUCAACAUUGCCGUGUUUCACCCCAACUUUGACCCCAACUACCCUGACUCACCCGUAAAGGGCCGAGUCAGCUUUGUACCCAGCCCCCCGAUCCUAGCCAGUCCCUCCAUCCAGAUCAGCGAUGUUAGGAUGAACGACGAGGGGAAGUACAUCUGCGAGUAUGCUACCUACCCCAGAGGCAACGAGCAAGGCAUCACAUACCUGGUCAUGCUGGCUAAGCCCCAGAACUCAGCCUCCCUCGUGACAGUCGAAGCCGGAGCUAAGCAGGUUGUCGUGGCGAAAUGCGAGUCUGUGGAUGGCCGUCCAGCUGCGCAGAUCUCUUGGGUGACCACAGCCAAUGGCAACGCGACAACCGUGUCGAAGCCGGGAGCCGACAACACCGUGACCAUGAGGAGCGAGUACCGCAUGGUUCCCACAGCGGCAGACAACGGGAAGGACAUCAGUUGUGUGGUCGUGCACAGGACGCAGGUCAAAGCUGAGAGCUUUCCGUUAAAGCUAGAAGUUCAGUAUGCCCCUCAGGUGACAAUAGUGGGUUAUGACAAUAACUGGUAUGUGGGUCGUACAAAUGUACUGCUCACCUGCGAGGCUAAUGGAAACCCUGUCCCGCUCUCUGUCCUGUGGAAGACUAUGUCCGGAGAGAUACCUGACACGGUGCAAAUCAACGGAAACGAGCUGAAGGUGCUUAAAGUAGACGAUGCCGUGAACACCACUUUUGUGUGCGAGGUCAAGAACCGUAUUGGGAGUGGCAGGGACCAGGUCGCAGUCAUGGUCAGAGAGCCCACAGUGAACCCAUCCAAUGCUGGCGUGGUGGCAGGAGCUGUGAUUGGCUCCCUGCUGGCUCUCCUUUUGGUUGCCGCUCUCAUCGCCGUGCUUGUCACCCGUAGCCGCAGGCAACAGCAGGGCUACCGCGCCAAUGGCGGCGGCGACAUGAAGACGCGCAUAUUCGGGGGCGGAAAGAAGGCCAGCAAGAACGGCACAGGUGGAGGCACGGGGAGCAGCGGCCUCGGAGGUGGCAACAACAAUGGCCCAAUCUACGUCUACAGCGAGAGCUCCUCCCACCAAGGCCUCGGAGAGAAAAACAACCACCACCAGCCGCUCACCAUAGGGGGCCGGCCUGAAGUCGUUGCAACUACUCCCACGGCCCAGGACAUCCUGCUGAGCAAUGAAUUAGACGAUGCAGAGAGAAGGAAGUUUGAUGAGCUGGAGGAGGAUGAGAGGUAUGACCACUUCUCUGGAGGGGCACCUAUCCUUCAGCUUCGCCCUCCAAAUGACCAGGACAAUAUGAUUGGAGACUACAUUGACGAUGACAUGGAGUCCCAGCGGGACGGCUCGGUCAUCUCUCGGACUGCUGUUUACGUAUAGAGCAGGAGGAGAAAGAACGGAAUGGAGGAGGAGAGAAAAAAAAAUGGAGUUGAUGGUGGAUUCCUCCUGAGGAUUUUUUGGCUCCGUGGUCUUAUCCAUGUUUGAUUGAAAAAGAGAGAAUUAUACCACUUUUAUUUUUGAAAAUUGAUUUUAAAUAUAGCUGAUUAUUAAUCACAGUGAAGCCCCCAGUAUGGACAGAAUGAACAGGAGGGUUUUGUUGGAAUAUUCUGAAAGGAUCUUUGCUGUAAAUUUGUCUCUUAGAACUGGAAGGAGAAAAAGAAAAAACCUGUCUCCCACUGUUUCAGCUCAUGCUAUCACUAUCACUGGAACCUUGACAAGAACUCUUGACAGACAAAAGAGACAAACUGUGUAGUGUGGGAAUAGGAUAAUGGAAUCAUGAUACAAGCUUGGCUAUAGAGGAGGCAAACACACUUGCAAAUUCACUCUUAUCUUCACCAAAACAGCGGAAGUGGAAAGGCUUGUCAAGCCAGAUACAUAUUGCCUGCUUGUCUCAGUCCUCCUCCUGUGAAGAAAAAGUUUUUUUGUUCUGGUUCUGCGUUGUGCUAUGACAGCUGCUGGCUUAGUUAGGAGCAGGUGAUGGGAAGGUAACAUUGGAAGGUAUAGACAGUUGCCAUCAUGAAAUAUAGAAAAGCGACAAAUGUUCCUCUUAAACGUAAAGAACUUAACAAAAGACCUAAAAAAAACAAAAAAAAAAACGUGAAUUUGCUGCUCAAAUAGAAGUCCAGCUGAGAGUUUGUAGAGACUUCUUAACAAGGUAUUCACAUACAAACUUUUGCAAUGUGCCUAGAGGAAAGAGACGGUAAACAAAAAAACCAGGGAAUGAAGUGUAGCUGAUCUGACAGGGUCAGGGAUGGAGAGAGGGAUGCAGGAGACAGGAAAGCAAGAGAGAAGCACGUCUCUCCUUCUUCUCUUCCUCCUCAUCCUCGUCUCCUCAGAGCGCUCCUGACAGGAGGAGCUUGAUUGGUAAUGAGCCGUGAAGUCGCUCGCUUUAGCUGGGACCAACAGAUUGCCACCACUUAUCGUUUAUGACGUGGCAGUUUCCUCCUCCUCCCACCACCACUUCUAUCUCUCCCUCUCUCUCUUUCACUCUCUCUCCUCAUCCCUCUCUCCCGUUGUUUAUGGGGAGUUUAUGAUUUAUCCAGGGCAGUGUCGAGGUCAGGGCCACAGAGAGCAGGGGGAGUAUUUUACUGCUCCUGAUGUGUCAAGCGCCCCACUAACUCUACCCCAGCGCGGCCUGCCGUGACAUGCAGGACUGACUAAUCCACCUGGAGUGGCCAUGCUCACUCCGCUGCAUGGACGCUCCUGUCUCCUCUUAUAUUUAGUAAAUGGCUGGCAAAUCUGAAAACCCCUUCAACAUAAGAACCAUGGUUGCUUGGAUAGAUUUUCAAUUACAUCCUCUAAUAUUUCUUUCCAUUAGCGGAUGUUGCUUAAUGUGGUGAAUUGAUCAGGAGAUGUAAAAGGUCCAAAUUGACGCUAUGGGAGUCAUAUUGACUAACAGGCAGCAACUGGUGAAACGGUCCUUUAUGAUGCAGCUUCAGGGCAGAUUGUCUCCUGACUGUUAAUUUAUCCUUUUAACGAGUCAUUGGAGGCCUGCUAAGACAAAUAUUACUUGUGGCUACUGUACACAGCUUUCUUUUCAGGCUCCGUGUACAUUUAACAUGCCACACUGUGUUUGUGUAGCCUCUGAUGACUGUGAUGGACAAUCUUUAGGAGAAGCUCUGUUGUAGCUCUUCUAAUCAUGGAUUUUUCUGGCCUUCUAAUCAGCUCCCCUUUGACCCUCUGGGAAUCCGGUGAGAGCAGUUUUUUUUGAUGACUGUACUGACCUCCUGUAAGGUCCAACUAAGCUGGGUUGCAGUUCGCUGCAGGUCAUGAGGUCAAACACUGGGUGACCCAUUGCCAAGGGCAAGAAAUGACUGCGCCUGCAUCUGCUAACAUAGCUGCUUGUGACCUUGAACUUUGGAUGUUAGAAACACUCUUGUGCAGUUCAAGUAUCAGUCAGGGCAAGACUGCAUGUGUUUGCCAUUGUGAUAGCAGUAAACCCUCAGAGAGAGAACGGGAGAGAAAUGGAGGAGGCAGAGGACACAAGCAGAGAACGCUUUCCCUGUUUUAGCACCGUCUAGCAUAUUGUAAGUCAGUGUGUUCAAUAGGAUUAUCGUCUAAUGGCCUUAGCUUAUACAUAACCGCAGCUCCUGUCAACCUGGGGUACAGAAAAUUUACAGAGCACGGCUGAUUUGCCACAACCACUCAAACUUAAAAUGUAUUACUUAUUUUUGCACUUGUAUGUGUCCAUCGAUACAAUGAGAAAUCAGUGUAAUAUGUGGUUUUUGGGGUAAAAGUGGCAACAUAAGGGACAAAACUGUUGUAUGUAAAUUUUGGUGUGAGGUAUAUGUGUACUAUAUAUAUGUAAGCAUCUUUAUUUUUCUUGUGAAAAUGUGGAUAUUUAUAAAAAUGUAAAUAUCAGAUCGAUGGAGCCAGUGUUGUGGAAGUGAAGAGUAAGGCGUUGGUUGGAAAGUAAAAAAAAAUAAAUAAAAAAGAGUCUCAGAGGUCUUCAGAAUGUAAUUUUUAAUCUCAUGAAAACCUCUUUGGUUUGGUCGUGGUGGUGUUAUAGAAGGCAAGUUUAGUUUAUUUCUAUAGCACAUUUCAGCAACAAGGCAAUUUAAAGUAGACAAUACACACGACAUCAAAAAGCAUCAUGACAAAGGGCAGAAAAACACAUAAGAGGACA